AUGGAAUUCGAAUUUAUAGAAAUCAGCAACAAAGAUGAGGAUAACAAAAAGCAUCUAAACAGUACUGCUCAAGAAGAAGAAAUAAAUGAGAAAGAAUUUGAUUUCCCACUAUUUUCAAUGGGUGUAACUAACUCCCCAUCUACUCAUUCUCAAGCUAAUAAUGUAUCACAGGGAAAGGACAGGAGUAAUUUGAUUAAAAUCUCUUUGCGUGAUGAAUUGGAUGUUUUUGAUGAGCAGAUUAAGGAUUUUAAUAAGCGCCCUAGUAGUUAUUACUUGGCUGGACAUAGAAGUGCUUUAGAAAAAUCACAGUUUGAAGCUAGUUGCAUUGAUGCUGAUUAUAUCAUAGAGCAUUCUAAAGAACUAUAUAGCACGGGAUUUUCAAUAAGUGAUAAGGCCAAAAGGGAUAUUGAUUUGAACGAAUUCAACAGUAAGAUAGAAAAAGAAUUAGUGAAAGAAAUUAAAUUGAAAAAAAGAAGGCCUGGCAAAAAUCAAAGAAUGGCCAGGAAAACAGGUGCUAAAAAUGAACUUGAAAGAGAGUUAAAAAUAAAAGAAAUUAAAAAAAUGAUCAAAAAGAAAUUUCAUAAAAGGGGUGGUAAGAAAAAUAAAAAAAAAAAGACUAUUAAUCCAUUAGCUGAUGCAGGUAUUAAUCAACAGCAGAUCCCAAAAUUCAGUUCAGGAUAG